CUGGCGGUUUGCCGCAUGGAAGUCGCCCAGGCAAGGCAGAAUAUCAUCUCUCUGAGCCGGACGUCUUCUCUCCAUUUGCCCACCUCUGCAAGAGCAGACACAGCACACUCACAUUUACCGGGAUUCCACGGGAUAUAACGGCAUUUAUCCGCUGACCGACUAUCAGGAGAGUCUAAAUCCCGGCUUCAUUCCAGCAGAGGGGCGAUAUUUCUUACUCAGAUGUAACAACACAAAAACACGUAACGGAUCACCAAGUGCGCAAAAGCCGCAGCUUAAAACAUUACGCACGGCGAAUUCUUUUCUUUUUCUAUCUAUUUUCAAAUUCAUCCAUCCAUUCUCUGCACGGACAAACCGGGGACCGGAGGCGGGGGGUACUUCCAUGCUAUGGAGUCCUGAUUUUACCAAGCGACCCAGAGGGAGGCUUGAAACUGAGAAAAUUCGUCGCCGUGCUGGAAUAUUAAUAGCCAAAUCCUAACAAUAAUCAAGGGGAUAUCACAGCAGAGUUUGGGACUCUCGAGAGCACCCCAACUUUUUUUCUUCCUUUUUUUGUUUCCGUUUUUAAUCUCUUUCCCUCUUAUCUUCUCCGCCUGUGGGACUUGUAUUUUCGUGACUGAUUAGCAGUAAGCUACUUCACUUUCUGUCAUGGACCGCUCGACGUCUUUGGAUAUAGAAGCGCUCAAGAUGACCCAGGAGCAGUAUAUCCUUGCAGCACAGCCCAACCCCCUCCACCAGAGAGGGGCUUCAGUUUGUGGUGCGCAGGUUUAUCCAGCAGUGGGAAUCUAUGGCUGGAGAAAGAGAUGCUUGUACUUUUUCAUCCUCCUCCUCCUCGUCACCAUGAUUGUCAACCUGGCACUGACCAUCUGGAUUCUCAAAGUCAUGAACUUCACUCCGGAUGGUAUGGGGAAUCUCCGGGUGACCAAAGAAGGAGUGAGACUUGAAGGAGUGUCAGAAUUCUUAUUGCCUUUAUAUGUGAAAGAGAUCCAGUCUCGUAGGGACAGUCCACUGAUCCUCCAGUCAGACAGAAAUGUGACUGUCAAUGCUCGGAAUGAACAGGGACAACUGACUGGUCAGCUAACUGUGGGUUCAGAAAUGGUGGAGGCUCAGUGUCAGAGGUUUGAGGUGAGGAAUGCUGAUGGAGAGAGAGUUCUGUUCUCUGCAGAUGAAGAAGAGAUCACCAUCGGUACUGAGAAACUCAAAGUCACAGGAAAUGAAGGAGUAGUGUUCAGUCAUUCUGUAGAGACGUCACAUGUAAGAGCAGAACCUUCCCAGGACUUAAAGUUGGAGUCCCCAACUCGGACCCUAACUCUAGAGGCCCCCAGAGGUGUGGAGGUCAGUGCUGGAGUGGGAGAUUUUACGGCGUCUUGUAGAAAAGACCUCCUCUUGCAGUCCUCAGAAGGAGAGAUCUUUCUAGAUGCCAACACUAUCAGACUGGGCAACAUUCCCCUUGGUAGUGCUGUGGAUCCCCUGGAGGGAGCGCCUGCAGGUACCACCUACACCAAACAGACUGUGUACGAGCUUUGUGCCUGUGCUAACGGCAAGCUCUACCUGUCCCCUGCUGAGAAAGGCUCUACUUGCCAAACCACCAGUAACUUUUGUCUCUGGAGCUGAAAGCGGGAGGUCGAAAUACACACGGGACAUAUGGACGAUUGAGUUUGAAGCUAAUGCUAGCCAGCAGACUGAAUCACCAUGGAUUUAUGGCUUGAUGGGAAGCUUUUGCCAGCUAACAGACUGAAUCAGCAUGAACUGUAACAAGGCGAAAAUUUCAUGUCUGUUCACCAAUCAAAUAAUAUGGAUUACAGCUUGGCAGGAAGCUAAUGGUUGCUAACAGGCCAAAUCAACAUAGACUGUAGCUCGGUGUUAAGCUAAUGCCAACUAAAGGACUGAAUCAACAGAGACUAGAGCUUGAGCAAAGCUAAUACCAGCUCACUGGUUGAAUUAAUGUGUUGGUGGGUAGCCAAUGCCAGUCCAGAGCAUGGAUAACUUUGUGGGACACAAAAGCCAACAAGAUCAGCUGAUGGGUUUCAUGCUUAGACCACUCUUGGACAUAUGUGAGCAGUCUCAGUCUGGGGCUGUUGUUGAGUGUCUUUCCCAUUGUUUAAUUGCUGCCAUGAUGAUUGCUGAAGGUCGCAAAGACUUUGGGGUUUUUUUAUGAACAGCAACCUUUGUGUGUUCAGAAAAUAGCCGACAUGUCCUGACAAAACAUACACUUGUUGCUAUAAUAUGAUGAAGGAACACAUAUUUGACAGUGACAUGGACAUGAAAACUUGGUUAUCAGUUGGCUAACAGACAUCAAUGAUGACAUUUGUUUACCCCAGUGGGUAGCUAACAAGAAAAUCAAAAUAUAGUUUUGUCUCUAGGGAAGCUAAGGCUAGCUAACGGACCAAUCUAUACCAGAAAGGCCUUCUCCCUCUAUUUCCUCUCCAGCCCUUCAACUCAAACAUUGACAUGUGACUCUUCUGCAUUAAUCCGCACCUGAUAGUAAAAAUGUUCUCUAUCCCCACUUUUCAUACGAUAACUACUGCAAAUUAUUGUGAUUCAACCAUUGUAUUCACCAGCUUCUUUUCCUAGUAUUUUUUUUUUACAUUCUUCAUAUCUAUUUUUACUUUCUUUUAGUUUUUUCUGAUGAAAUCUUUUACUUCUUCUCUUUUUUCUCAAUCAAUCUUUUUGUAUUCUUUUAUCAUUUCAUAUUUUGCUAAUGUGCCCCUCUCCAUGCGCUAGUUAUUUGUUCUGUCUAUGGACCUACUAGCACUGUUCAGGUAAGGAAAAGGCCUAUCUAUUUCUUCCAGCAGUGUAGUUUAAAAAUGAAAAAAACGCCACAUACAGACUGCUUCGACUUCCCCCUCCACCUUUGUCUCCACGUCUUUUGUUUCUCACAAGUUAUUCUAUGCGGACAUAUGAUGGUUAGCUACAGACAGCAAAUGGAACAUGAAAAGGGAGGAGAAAAUGAGAUAUCAGUCUUAGAUCAUACUCAGGUAGGUGCUGUAGCAGACAGACCACUUUCUGGUAUAGGGCCAAACUUCCAACGCCAGGCAGAGGCAGCAGUCAGCUGAAAGACAGACCAAUUUUAGUCCUCUUAUGGGGUAUUAUAUGUCUUCAUCCAGGCUGUCUUGUCGGUCAUACUGUCUUUACAUCUUUUUUGCAUGACCUUUCUGCUCUUCAUGCCAGGUUUGUGCUCUUCCUUCUCAGCCACCAAGAGACAUUUUCACUCUUUGUGCUCAGUCCAUUUUGUCCUUUCUGUAUUUUACUGCAGUAUACCUGCCACUCACUAUUCAUUGUUUAUCUUCCCAGUUAAGAAGCAUCUCACCUGCUUAUCCCAUAUUUUUAUCUCUUACCAAUCAUUCAUCAAGUGGCAUACAUUAAUGUUGUUUCCACAUUCUAUCUGUUAUGCUUUCUCCAGUCUAAGUUGGAAAUGUCCCUCUAUAGUCAUAGUAUUGUCCCUUUCAAAAUAUCUCUAAAUCUGGGCAAGAAAAUAUGGAAAUCUUGGGAAAUACUAUUUUGGGGUGUAUUUUUGUUUUUUAUAUUAUUCAGUCAGUCCCAGAAGGGGGAUCAGUGUGAAUGGCCAUGAGCUGGUUAACCUGGCGCCCAAAAUCUGUAAUGGCUGGGGAAAAAAAAUUUCAAAUCAGCAAAUUUGUGUGGAAGAAAUCCCCCUGCAAGAAGUGAUGGAUGGAUUUGGUUUAUAUGUGUAUGGACUCAACGAGAAUAAGGCCCUGCAGCUUACUUUCUUUUUUAAACAAAGCGAUACACAGGUGCCUUUGCUACUGUUGGUAAAAGCACAUCACAGUCUGAACAUUCACACUACCCUCAGUGGACCAUCUGCAAGUGUCUCUGAACUAUCUAUUUUAUCAAUCUACCUAUCUAGUUUGUUUUCCCUUUCUGUCCCUUUCUGCUCCUUCCCUCCUGGUUUUGUAGAACUCAGUAUAUCCAGCUGAACAAUGAAUAAUUCAAUCAUUUAAAGUUUAAUUUUCUGAUGUGUUCCCCUAUGGUUUAUUCUUGAUAAUAAAAAAGCACAAA